AUGCUUGCUUCCAAACAAAGCGUUUUCCUCCACCAGUCAAAUGGUGAUAAGAUCGACGAUGAUUAUCGACUACAACGUGUCUUAGGCUAUAUUGAUAGCAUCAGUUUCGUUUCCUGGCCCGACACGGAAGUCGCGACGCCGUUAUCUUGUCCGUCGCUCUCGCAAUUGUCGGACAUGGACGCAUCGGUAUGCUCCACAGCAACCUCCACGAAAUCCAAGAAUCUUAGUUACUUGGAUGGUGCGGCAUACAAAAGCGCACUUGAUUCUAGAAACGUGGCUGUUGGCCCUGUGAUCCCUACAUCAUACAAUCAACCCGAGUUUCUGAACGAAAUGGCCGCCAGUGUAUCCAUUCCCAAAGAACUCGAAUCCUCUCUGGGUCAUGCGAUGGCCGUCAGGGAUUCUGCUCCCAAUGAAACAACGUACUAUCUCGUUAUGCCUUUUUUCAUAACCGAAUGGCUCGUCGAAAUGUCACAGUUGAGAUUUGCCUUAUCUAUCCAAUGGAAAACUGGGCCGCUUGAGAGUCUGGGGGAGGAAACACGACCACUCAGUAUGCCUAAACCGGAUCUUACGAUUGGGUUCAACUGGAGGUCGCUGUUCGAAGGUCAAUGUCACCCUCCACAGUCAGCAAGGCCCCAGUACGCGUUCCCUAUUCCUGGCGAUUUCGAAACCGCAUUGCCAUUCUUUGCUCUUGAGGCAAAAUCGGAUAGUUCAGAGCAGGCACGUAUUCAGAAUCUCCACACUGCAGCUCUAAUGCUCAGGACUUUGCGUCUAUUCUUCCAAAAGUCCCACGGAAGUACGCACGAGUUUGACGCCAAAGUACGCGUUCUUACGGCCACCAUGACUCGCAACCAUGUAAAUGUCUAUGGACAUUGGACGCAGUGUGACUCGACAAACUCGACGUUCUGGUAUGAGCACUUCCUAAUGUCCUCCUGGACCCUCUCGGGAAGCAAAGAAGACUUCUACAGAGUGCGGAAAGACUUCAACGAGGUUAAGGAUAUCCCAGCUCAGGGCAUUUCUUUGAUUCAGUUAGCUCUGUUCACUGAACAGCACGAACCCGACGACACUAAAUUCAGCCAGUUUGUUUAUGAGCGCGAUUUUGUUCCUAGCAUCGUGACCGGCAAACAGGAAGACGGCCCUCAGAAGCUCAUCGCAGUUCAGCCGAAGGAUUCAGAGGCCGUGAAGAAGUUCAACAGCACACAAUAG